AUGACCUUCGAUACUGAGAAUGAGGUGCGAGAGUACUAUAUCAAAUAUGCUAAAGCAAAAGGCUUUGGUGUGACGAGAAGAAGCUCACAUAGUGAUGAUAAUGGACAAGUAAAGUACCUUACACUUUGUUGCUCUCGGUAUGGUAAGACUCAAUCGAACUCAAGAAAUAUGUUGAAGCCAAACCCAACAGCCGGGAUAGGAUGUGAAGCUAAAAUUUAUGUUACACGUGGUCCUGAUGGGAAGCUUCAUCUUUCAAAGGCGAUUUUGGAUCACAAUCAUGCAUUGAGUCCACAUAAAUCUCGGUUAUUUAGAUGCAAUAAGAAGUUAAAUUUCCAUGUCAAGCGCAGGCUUGAGCUGAAUGACCGCGCCGGAAUAAGAGUAAACAAGAAUUUCAAUUCUUUUGUUGUGGCAGCAGAUGGUCAUGAGAACCUAACUUUUGGUGAGAAAACUUGUCGCAAUUUUCUAGAGAAAACAAGAAGGUUAAAAUUUGGUAGUGGUGAUGCUGAAGCGGUUCGUGACUAUUUUAUCAAAAUGCAAUCCGACAAUCCAAACUUUUUUAGUGUCAUGGAUGUUGAUGAUGAAUCCCGACUUCGGAAUGUUUUUUGGGAUGAUGCAAGAAGCAGAGCAGUGUAUGAAUCUUUUCAUGAUGUCAUUACUUUUGACACAACAUACUUGGUGAACAAAUAUGAUAUGCCUUUUGCUUGUUUUGUCGGAGUGAAUCAUCAUGGCCAAUCAGUGCUGCUAGGGUGUGCUUUAUUAUCAAAUGAAGAUACUCCAACAUUUGUCUGGUUAUUUGAAGCAUGGCUUACUUGUAUGUCAAAUCGCCAUCCAAAAGCUAUUAUAACUGAUCAAGCAAAAGCAAUUCAGAAUGGUGUGGAAGAACAGCAGGAUCGGGAGGCCGCAGGAUCGGGAGGCCACCACACAGCUUCCAUAGCAGCACCACAUAGCAGUCUCCCAUGGCAGCAUGGGUCCAUCAUUGCAACCUCGCCGGAGCUUCCGACGACCGCCGCGGCGCUCCACUGCAACCUCGCCGGAGCUUCAGCUACCGACCCGGCGCUUCACUGCAACCUCGUCGGAGCUUCAUUCCAACCUUGUCGGAGCUCGAACGACCGUUGGCGGUUCACUGCAGCUCCGGCGGCCCUUCAACGCAACUCUGCGCCGCGAGCUCCAUGGCAACACCUCGACGUGCGCCACCAGUGA